AAAAAAAAGAGCAUCUUUCUCUCGCGCGCCGCGUCCCCUCCUCUCCUCUCGAGCCUUUUGUGUUUGAAACUCAUAUCUCACAUAUCAAUAAUUCAAGCGCGCGCAGACGGAGCUCUCUCCUCCUCCUCCUCCCCAACAGCAACAUCACCUCCUCCACCUCCACCUCCACCACAACCACAACCACAGCCACCUCCACCACACAGCACCAACACCAACACCAACACCACCCUCCGCGCGCUAUGAGUUCUGCUGCCUCGUCACUCGUGCAGGGCCCCUCCGCAACGCGCGCGACUCCCGCUCAUUGUGUUUGCAAGUGAAGAAGAAGUGAGAAAAGAAAAAGGAAAGAAACCUGGAGACCGGAGCGGAGAUACCGGGAGAGACACCGUGAAUUUUACCGGGGAGAGAGGAAAAAAAGAAAAGAGGAGUGAAGCCUAAAAAUAAACCGUCUGGUUUUUUACCCCUGAGAGACUCCGCGGCGGGAGAAAGUGUCGCUGAGGCGGGUUCGGUCCAAGAAGACGGAGCGGCACCGAGUUGUAAAAGAAUCCUUCUCUAAGGUUCGUCGGGGGAACACCGGGAAACUCUUUACUUUUUUUUCUAAAGGGGGAGCAGACCCACGGUUCAAGGUGUGAAGACGACCGAACAAGUUCACCUCCACCUCCACCCUCACCGCUCCGGUCCGGUUAUGUUGGCGUUUUGCCUGCUGAGUGCCGUGUGGCUCGCGGCGAGCCCGGCCCGCGCUCAGAACGAGACGGAACCAAUCGUCCUGGAGGGGAAGUGCCUAGUGGUGUGCGACUCCAACCCGACCUCGGACCCAACGGGCACCGCGCUCGGGAUAUCCGUACGCUCGGGCAGCGCCAAGGUGGCGUUCUCCGCAGUCCGGAACACCAACCAUGAGCCCUCCGAGAUGAGCAACCGGACCAUGGUGAUCUACUUCGACCGGGUUCUAGUAAACGUUGGGAAGAAUUUUGACGAGGAGAGGAGUAAUUUCAUCGCGCCGCGCAAAGGGAUUUACAGUUUUAACUUCCACGUAGUCAAAGUCUACAACCGCCAAACUAUACAGGUGAGCCUGAUGCACAACGGCUGGCCGGUGAUUUCGGCGUUUGCCGGUGACCAGGAUGUGACGCGCGAGGCGGCCAGUAAUGGUGUUCUGAUCCAGAUGGAGAAGGGGGACCGGGCCUACCUCAAACUGGAGAGAGGAAACCUAAUGGGAGGAUGGAAAUACUCCACCUUCUCCGGCUUCCUGGUGUUCCCGAUGUAGAGGAAGAGGAAGAGGAGGAGCAGGGGGUGGAAACGAAGGAGGAGAAGGAGCUGCUGAAGGAUGGAAAGCAUGAUGAUGAUGAUGAUGAUGAUGGGGAAAAGGCUGGCGGAGGAAGAAGAAGGGGGGAAAAAGAAAUGACAUGAAGAGGAAAAGAAGAAAAAGAAAGAAAAGGGGAUGUGACAACAGACUCUGUUUGGGACGCUGGAGAGGAAGAAGGGAAGAGGAAGGAUGGGAGAUGUUAGAGAGAUGUAAGAGCAUGACAGAACGAUUAUACGAGGGUAAAAUGAGAGAGGAAUUAUGAAGCUUCUUCACUUCCCUUCCUCCUUUCAUCCAUCCUUUCAUCCAUCCUUUCUUCCCUCUGUUUUCUCUGUGGCUUGACUGCAGCUUUGGACAGCCAAAACUUUUUUUAUUCUCUGCUGAAAGAUGCAAUUGAUCAUUUAUAUGUUUCAGAGUGUUCUAAAGCCCGAGUGUAAACCUCCCCCCUCCUCCCGUCCCACACCCCUGCUCCCACGCCACAUUCAUUCAUUCAAUCAUUAAUUCAUCGAUCUGUAUCAACAUAAGCUUUGAAGAAUGUUUCUUGAAGAACUGCUCCCCUCAUCUCCCAUUUACUGUCGACAUAUUUGUAGGGUCUCUAUUUUUUUUUUUUCUUGCAUUCAGUGCAUCAAUUUUGGAUCAGCAUCUACCCCCCUGACGCCAAACGAGAAUUUUUAUAGGGGAAAGACUAAACUCUGAUCACAAAUUCAGGUGCUUGUGACACAUUUACAUUCCCUGUAAAGCUGUGUUUUAUAGUUAUAUAUCAUAGUAAUUAUUGGCUUUAAAAAAAAACAACUUUGUUCUUGAAACGUCUGUCUCUCUCCCCU